AUGAAUCGGAUGUCCAGUUUCCUCUUUUGCUUACUGGUGCUGCUGAUGCAAGUUUGCUCUUAUCUUGAAGUUGCUGCCAAUGAAGAUCCCCAGACACCUGGAUCAUGUGCAAAUUGGAUGGGAGGAGCACCAGGUUAUCCAGGUCACAAUGGAGUGCCAGGAAGAGAUGGAAGAGAUGGGCAGAAUGGCCAAAAGGGGGAUAAAGGCGAGCAAGGUACACCUGGCUCUAAAGGGGACAGUGGAAAUAUAGGAGCAUCUGGUACUGCAGGCCUUAUAGGACCUCCAGGUCCUCCGGGAUAUCCAGGACUGAAAGGGGAAAAGGGUGAAAGUGCCUCCAGUUAUCGAUCUGCCUUCAGUGUCGGCCUAACAACCAGAGUCCCCCACCCCAACAUUCCUAUCAAGUUUUCAAAGAUCCUGUACAAUGAGCAAAAUCAUUACGAUCCAACCACAGGGAAGUUCCGGUGCAGCAUUCCAGGAAUGUACUAUUUUGCAUAUCAUCUCACUGUGUACCUAGCAGAUGUUAAAGUGAGCUUGUUCAAGGGUGGCAAGCCAGUCAUAAUCACUUUUGAUCAGUAUCAGAAAAACAAUGUUGACCAGGCAUCUGGUUCUGUUUUGCUCCAUGUAGAAACUGGGGAAGAAGUUUGGCUUCAAGUUUAUGGAGAAGAAGAAAACAAUGGUAUCUAUGCUGAUAAUGUUAAUGAUUCUACUUUCAUGGGAUUUUUGAUCUACCCAGACUUAGAUUAUGAGCAUUAGACUGUGAGGAAUGAAUAGGAGAGAAUACUUUUGGAGA